UUCCGGAGCACGUGAUCAUAAGUCCAAGAAAACUAACCUCAAUAUUUUUCAUUGUGGAGUUUUUGGGAUAAAACUACAAUUUCUCUACCGUUUAGAUUUUCACUCAAGUUUCCGAAAUGGUUGAAAGACAAAGGCAACGGAUCGAACAAGAAAUGACAAAAAUGGUCGACGAAAUCGACAAACAGUACCUUAGGAAAAUGCAGGCUAGCAUGCAUAGAUGCGCGGCUAAAUGCUGCGACAACACUGAUAUUUCAUUAGAACGGGUGCAACAGUGUGUUGAAAUGUGCAGUACGCAUUUAAAUCAGUCUCAAAAUUACGUACAAAAAGAAAUUGAACAUUUACAAAGCAGGCUGCAGAGGUGCGUAAUGCAGUGCAAUGAUGAAACUAAAGACAAAAUGGGACCAAAUCCUAGUGAAGCGGAGAUUGACAAAUAUACACUUAUGUUCGAAAAUUGCGCAGUAAAAUGCGUUGACACGCACAUUGGUUUAAUUCCGACAAUUAUGAAGGCUAUGAAAACAGUUUUAAAUAAGCAAAGUGAAGCAAGCAUUGUAACAUAACGUUUUAACUGUUUGUGGUUGAAAUGUUUGUAGAAUAAACGUCAUUGUUGUAUCUUCACUGGUAAA